AUGGAAGCUGGUCACGCCGAGCGAAAGUGGUACAGAGGACUGCACCACGAUCAUACGUGGUUAAAGACGGAAGACCAUGGACUCCUGAGACGGAACCGACAGAAUUUGCUGCGAACGGACGAAAACUUCGACGACAAGAUCAGCCCCGAGGGUAAUCCGAACCCCGACGCGAGGCCCCCGACGAAGUUCAGUGAUGAACACCACGGCAACAUCACGCCGGACAGCUCACUGGGAAGUCACCAGGUGCAACCAGCUCAGCCAGAGGAAGAUUAUAGCACCACCAUUUCUCCAGACACUCCAGGAAGCGCACUGGCUGGCCUGCGCAGGUACUGCGCUACUGCACUGUCCGAGGCACUGAACGAGCUUCACAAAAUCCUCCAGAAGACGUCUCCGCCAACAGCUCCACACCUGAGUGCCCUGGAGAAAAUGGUCUGGUUUUCCAAUCGGCGGGCCAAGUGGCGGCGCGAGGAGAAGCUGCGCAGCCAGCGUCGUGCCGCGGAGUCCAGCGCCGCCGUCGGUGGGGGACCCGUGCACGGAAGACUCGCCGGUCCGCUGGCGGGGUACCCUGGACUCAGCCAGCCCAUGGCUGCAGCCAUGCAGGACUCCUACAGCCCGAUGGCCGCCGGUAUGGGAUCGGGACCAUGCCUGCAGCAACAACACAGGGAUGCGGCCUCAUAUUCGUACAUGCUGCACGACACCCUCGGCUUAGGCGCCUACUCCAGGGCCUCGGCCAACCCGGCUGGCCAGGGUGGCAUCGCGGGAGGGCAUCCCGCCGCGUACGCAGUCAGCGGGGCCAGCCCUCAUGGCGCCGCAGGUGUCAUCUCUCCAGGCGUGACGGUGCCAGUGCAAGUCCCUGGCCAAACAACCGACCUCUCGGUGCCGUCCAACUAUUGGCCCCGACUGCAGUGACAAUGGCCCAUGGUUGGGUACCCGACCGACCUGAGCCUCGCCAAGGGUAGCAGGUCGUACGCCAACCUCCAGGACCACUUCCCGGCCACUUGCGCCAACAAGGACUAGUCGCGCUACAUGCGCCCACAAAGGAAGCUUGGCUUCACUCUUCUAGU